AUGAAUGAAAUUGAAAAAGAAUACCGAAGCAAAUCAAAUGCAAUUUUGAAACAGGAAAUGCUGCUGCUGCUGAAGACUCGGUACUUGUUGCGAGAAGCGUCCGGAGGGACGCUACCCGCAACAGUUAUUAGAAUGUCUCCCACUGUUAUUGGGAAUAUAAAAUCACAAAAUGAUUCUGACUCUGCUGCAAAUAAUGGAAAGAUUAAGAUCAGUGGAAAAACUAAAAGUAAAGAAAUCAACGGAACAUUAAGUCCUCCAACGAAUGUUAGCGACGAAGACGAAGGAGAAGAGCCGCAGAUGAGCACACCGGAUGACCCUGUUAUCCACUCCCCGCCGUCUCUCAGUGGUCAACUUAUGAACGGCUAUAAUCCGAAUCAAAUUACUAAAAUUGAAGAGGGCGUAGCUCAGAAUUGUAGUUCUCCUGAAACAUCAUCCAUUGAUCCAAAUGCUAAUGAUGAUUCUCGACGUCGACAGAAAACUUGUCGAGUAUGUGGCGAUCAUGCGACGGGCUACAAUUUCAAUGUUAUAACCUGCGAAUCCUGUAAAGCCUUUUUCCGAAGGAACGCUUUACGUCCUAAGGAGUUCAAAUGCCCAUACUCAGAAGACUGUGAAAUCAACGCAGUUAGUCGUCGUUUUUGCCAAAAAUGCCGUUUACGAAAAUGCUUCGCGGUCGGCAUGAAGAAAGAAUGGAUCUUGAAUGAUGAGCAGUUGAGACGAAGAAAAAAUUCUCGACUUAAUAAUCUGGCUAAUCAACAGAAGAUCAAACAACAGGAGCCCGACCAACCUCAAUCUCAACCACAAUCACCAAACGAUGAAGUAAAACAAAAUUUCAAUUCCCCAUCAUUGAAUAACAGCUUGGAUCAACAGCUCGUACCAAUGAACGGUCGAUCGGUGGGAGCUCCUUUAGUUAGUCCUCCUGGUGCAACGUAUAACAAUGAUGUAGAAAAUAACUUUAUUAUUAAUCAAUCAGAUUUCCAAUCAACCAAAGACCAUAUCCAAAAAUUAUUUAAUCAAGGUCGAAUUACUUCAUUAAACAAUUAUCCACUGAUGAGCCCAUCAGGCUCGACGGCAUCCGAUUCGCCGCCGUCUCGUUCUGUCGGAAUUUUAGGAGGGCAAAGAAGCCCUGAUGCCUUUCAGUAUGAUCCUAAUAUGAUGAUGCAACAACGAAUACGUAGUUCGAUUGUUCGCCCUAAUCCAAGUACUCCUUCGCCUGUAGCUGUUGAUGCUCAAUCUGGCAAAGUCAUUUUGUCAAUUGAUGAUUAUCAAAAUUUGGUUCAAUUAGCGGGUAGCAAGCCAGUGGAGGAACCUCCCAAUAAGAGUUUCAGACCUUCGUAUUCACCUAACCUGGGAAGCCCACAAGCUCGUCCAUUCUGUAGUCCUAUUCAAGGCAUGCAAGUAAGCAGUCCUACUAUGAUGCAACCAACUCCACGCCCUGGUAUCGGAGGAUUGCCAACUUAUAUUGAAAUUGGAAAUUCAACUGCUGCCGUACCAAGCUCUGAUCAUACAGCCUCUGGUGUCUUUGGAACCGACUUUUCAAACGACAAGGUUGCUCAUAUGAAAGUUUACUUCGAUAAAACAAUUGAGGAUGCUCUCAAGAUCGAUAGUCCCCAGGUGAUGCAGAAUCAAUGUAGCAGAGGUCUCUCUGAGAAUGUUGCUUCUUACGGUCCUUCUGAUCCUAGAAUGAACUUCCAGCUUAAUGCUAUGGAACUUCGGGAUCUAGAUAUGGUCGCAGAAGCUUUCAAAGGCAUGAACGAUCCAAUGGAGCAAGGACGUCAACGAGAAUCUUUCUUGAAAAAGAACAAAACUCCAGCAGAUAUCAUGAACAUCAUGGACGUGGCUAUGAGGCGUUUAGUGAAAAUGGCAAAGCGACUUCCCGCUUUCAACGACUUAUCUCAGGAUGGAAAGUUUGCUCUUCUUAAAGCUGCCAUGGUAGAAAUGCUAACCAUUCGCGGAUUGACUAGAUUUGAUGGAUCAAAAGGUGUUUGGCGUUCUCCAACUGUUAAAGGAGAAGUACCAUUCGACAUGUUUGAUCAGCUUAAAGAUAGCCAUGGCGAACAGAAGAAUCGCGUUUACGAGUUUUUCCAAUUUUUCCAUGACGAUAUUCGAACUAAUGACCUAGCCAUCGCCUUAAUUAUGCUGAUUGUUAUGUUCUCUCCUCGUGAUUGCAUUACGGAUGAACGGGAUAAGAAUCAUAUCAAUAUGUUCCAUGAGCAUUACUGCAAAGUUUUAAAACGAUAUCUAGAAUCCUUAUAUGGUGAAGAUGCUCAUAAGCUGUUCACUCAGCUUCCAUCCGCUCUUGCCAUGUUGAAGGAUAUCAGUCAUAAUGCUGGUAUGCUCUUUUUGGGCACUGUUGAUUCUUCGGAAACUGAAGCACUCCCUCGAGAAAUUUUCAAAGUUGAAUAA